GUAAAGCCAUUGUUAAUCAUGUGUAGUAAAGGGACAUGAGGGCUAGCAUGAGUCAUUUAUAGAGCCAGUCAGAGCUAGAAAAGAGAGAGAAAGAAAGAGGAGGGAAGAGAUCAAACAAACACUGUGAGGAGCAGGAUGUCCCAGCAAGACAAAGCCAGGCUGUGAGCACCAUGUACGUGAGUUACCUUUUGGAUAAAGAGACCAGCAUGUAUCCAGGACCUGCAAGGUGCAGCAACAACAACCUGCCAGUGCAGAACUUUGUGCCCGCUCCCCCCUACUCAGACUACAUGGGGUACCACCACGUGCCAGCUCCAGACAGCCACGGACAGCCCGCGGGAGCCUGGGGACCCCACUACGGCCCCCAGAGGGAGGACUGGAACGCUUACGGCCCGUGCCCGGGGCCCUCCGGCACGGCUGCUGCCGCGCAGCUCAGCGGCUCGUCUCCUGGGCAGGGCUCCUACAGUCCAGCUGAGUACAGCUCCCUCCAUCCCGCUGCACCCGGGGGGUUACCUCCUGCAGGUACCGUUGGCACACAGCAGGUCUCCCCCACCAGCCAAAGGCACAGCUCUUACGAAUGGAUGAGGAAAACGGUGCAAUCCACUUCUACAGGUAAAACAAGAACAAGAGAGAAGUACCGAGUGGUUUACACAGAUCAUCAGAGAUUAGAAUUAGAGAAGGAAUUUCAUUACAACAGAUACAUUACAAUCAGGAGGAAGUCUGAACUUGCUGCAAACCUAAGACUUUCCGAGAGACAGGUGAAAAUCUGGUUCCAGAACCGCAGAGCCAAAGAAAGAAAAUUAAUGAAGAAGAAAAUGACUCAUUUUGAUGGCAGCAAUCUCGGCUCUAUGCAGAGUGACUCUGGCUCAGUGAGCCCAAUGCCAGCUCCUGACCAACAGACUCACUCAGAAAUGCCCAGCUCUUUGUUCCCUCCUCCACCUCCUCCAGCUCCGCUUCCGAUGAAUGGCCUGCAGCACACUGGGAACCUGCAGCAGGUGGUGGCCUCUCAGUAAGAUUGGCUGAGGAGCUGCUGCUUAACGAACACUAUGAACUACCGGUACACAGAGCACUACAAUAUGAAAGAGGACAUCUGCAGCUGUUUUGCAGGGGUCCCCAGCAUGACACAGUUCUGUGCACAUAAGCUUCAAGUUCAAUAAAUCAAGAGUCACUUGCCGGGUCUGCAGGAUAGUGCAAGUUCCCAGCGGCCCUGGAACUGCUGUGUGUCCUAGGAGUCCUAGCUGCAGAGAGCCUCACAAGAGAACGUCACAAGGCAAGCAUCCCUGCAGCAGGUGGGCAGGCACAGGAGAGGAGGAGAACCAAGGGCUAGCAUGGCCACUUGUUAACUAUAUUUUGUGAACAAACAAAGCACAAAAGAGGCCAUAGGCAGUAUGACAUGGCUAGGCUGUGAUAGCAGCUUAAUGCGAGUGCUCUGUCCCCUGCCCCUAGGUAAAGAGUGUAUUCCUUCUCUUUCCAUUUCCACACAGGUUCCAUGUACUAAUCUCACUUCCAUUGAUGUUACAUGUGGACCUUGAUAAAUGACAACCUGGCUUAAUUGUCUUGACCCACUUGAUGGAAAGCCUGAGUUGUGGUGGUUGCACUCACUAUGUUUUUAACAGUAAAGGUCAUGGAUGAGCUUUUUGGAUUUGUUUUGACAGUAUGAUUUCCAGUGCUCCCUAUACUGGUACAAACAUGCAUGUAUCAAUCUUACCAAUCUUUCCAAUCUUUCUGGAAAUGUGAAUCUUGGCCUAAGUUCAUUUUUAGUGGAGAUUGCAUUUUGUGAGACAGCAUAACCCCUGGACAAAGAUGCAAUACUUGCAUUCAACUAAUUUUA